AUGGCUUCUCUCAUUUACGACUCUAGGAAAGAGAUACUAUCAGAAGCCCUCCACAAAGCUGAAAACGCCGUCUUCUUCGACGACCGUGGAAACUAUGCUGAUGCCAUCCGGGCUUACGGCAGUUCAUGCGCGCUGUUAGGACAGGUGAUGAGGACGACUCUUAAGAGCGUGGAUCGAGCUACGGUCGAAACCAUCCGGACCUCCUACAUAAAGCGGAUAUACGAACUCCAAGGGAGCUUGGGACCCAUGUCGCCCAGGUUCUGA